GCCAUCGAGCGAGAAGGUUUCGGGCUGUUCCGGUGGCCGGCGAGGAUCGAGCUUCCUCGUCCGUUGUCCGCACACGGCACACGUUUCGGGUGGAUAUUUAUACACCGCUGUCGAGCCGACAGGCAGACAGUUCGGCGAAUCGGAUUCGCUGAGAUCGCCGCCGAUCAGCGUCCAAGCCGAUCAGUCAACCAUCGUCCGUCCGGCAGUCCGUUCGGCAGACCGAAUUCGUCCGGAAGCCAAGGACCGCGGACAGCUAGUGUGCCCGGGAAGUAGCGUGAAGUGCCCAGAGUCGGCGCCUGUGAUGGCGUUGCACCUUCGAGGUGCACUACGAACGUGCAUUACAUAACAGGGUUGGGUGACAUUAGUUUUCUCUCUGUGGGGGGUGAUUGAGUGACCAGCCUCGGGUCUAGAGGCCUCCUCUCGUGCGCAGUGACGAUAACGGGUUGAUGGUAGGCCAUCAAUUGUGCAGUGAACAUCACGCCAACUAGCAGCAUGCAUUUCACGGUAGUGUCGUGUUUCGUCGCUGGCGUAUUUGCAUUUACCGCCUUGCCGCGCACCGAGAGCGCCAAGGUGCUGUUCCUCGUUCCGUUCCCGGCGCCCAGCCACUGGCUCUGGAUAGACCACUUCGUCAGGGAGCUGUUAGCGCGCGGCCACGAGGUGACGGCCAUCACCAACUUCGGUGCCAAAGAGCCCCAUCCGAACUACACCGAAGUCCUGAUUGACCCACCGUACGACAUACCGUACUACUUUCCCGUGUCGGACAUAUACGAUUCAAAGUACAACAGCGACCUAAGCAACCUGUUCCUCUACUGGAGGGUAGGCCUCUCGACGACGCAGUAUGCCCUCGAGAAUGCAAAUGUGCAGCAGUUCAUCGAGCAGGACGACACCGACUACGAUGUGAUCGUGUCGGAGCAGUUCUACCAGGAAGCAUUCCUCAUGUUUGCCCACAAAUAUCGGGCGCCCACUGUGACGCUAUGCACGUUAGGACAUGCCAAUCACAUGGACCAAGCGAUGGGACUCGUCACACCCUGGUCCUUCGUUCCACAUCCGGUGCUGCUGCUGACCGACGACAUGACCUUCGCGCAGCGUUGCUACAACUUUAUGAUCUCGCUGGCCGAUCUCGUGCUGCGCAACGUCUACUACAUCCCCCAGCAGAACCGAUUGGCACAAAAGCACUUCGCCAAGAUUGAAGGGCCCGAGCUGAUGCCUUCGAUACGGGAUCUGGAAAAGUCCAUCUCGGUCAUACUGGUCAACAGCCACACUUCGACGUCCCCACCGCGGCCAACGAUACCGGGGUUGGUGAACGUGGCCGGCGCCCACAUCAAGUCGGCCAAAGAGUUGCCGGAGGACAUCGGCAAGUUUCUCGAUGGAGCCCGCGACGGUGUCAUCUUCUUUAGCCUCGGCUCGUACAUGAAGAGUGUCGAUAUGCCGAAGGACAAAAUGAAAGCAUUCCUGGAGGUGUUCCGCAAUCUGAAGCAGCGGGUGCUGUGGAAGUACGAAGACGAGGAUGUCGCCCACCUGCCCAAGAACGUGAUGGUGCGCAAGUGGCUACCGCAGAGCGACAUCCUGGCACACCCGAACGUGGUGCUGUUCAUCACCCACGGCGGUAUGUUCGGUAGCCAGGAAGGCCUCUUCCGAGGUGUGCCGAUGCUGUACAUUCCGUUCUACGGGGACCAGCAUCGGAACGCGCUGAAAGCGGAAAAGGCCGGCUAUGCACUCACGAUCAACUUUUCCGAGCUGAACGUCAUAACGCUCGGAUCGCGGCUCAACGAGCUGCUCACGAACCCCGCGUUCAUGAAGCAGGCCAAACGAGCGUCGGAGCUGUUCCGAGACAACAUCGUGCCGCCGAUGCAGGAAGCGAUGCACUGGAUCGAGUACGUCAUAAGGCACCGGGGGGCAAAGCACCUGAAAACGCGGGCCAUCGAACUGUCCUGGGCGCAGUAUCUAAUGCUGGAUGUGGUGGGCUUCUUCUUGCUUGUCUUCCUUCUGAUGGCAUCCGUAUUCUACUUGGUUCUGGGUACUAUGUUAGCGAAGCCACCGAAACCAACGCCAAAGAGAGACCCGUUAAGAAAAUUUAAAAUAAACUAAAA